ACACGUUCAUCGUGUACCGCGAUUCGCGUGAUUCGUAUCGUCUAAAAAUGAGCUCUCACCCGAAAGAUUAUUGCGAGUGUCCCAGAGCGAAACGUCGACCGUUCGCGAAUAUUAAUGUGUCGAACGUUGCGCGCGAUCGCUGACUGCAUGUCGAUAUCGUGAUGACAACGUUAUAACGACGAUCCGCCUGUGGGCCGCUCGAGGAGUCCGUUCGAAACGACUGUCCCGGUGCGACGCCUCAUGUUCUCCUCUUCGCCGAAACGCAGCGGGAGCUAGUUUCUCGCCGGCGGGAGCUUGUCGUAAAUCCGCCUUCGAAGCGGACGAUCGCGUCCAAAACGCGAGUUCUGGUACCGCCGUCGUAUAAUCGAGAAUGGAGAAAGGAAGAUCCGUUGGACGGUCGAGUUUUCGUCGCCCCGGGCGAAGCCGAAAGUGUUUUCGCUGCUCGCGAUCAGAAAGUAUUGGAACCAUGACGAAACGUCGCGGCAUCGAUCGAACGAAUAUCGCAGAGGAUAAGGCAGGUUCAUCUUUAUUUACAAGGAUCGUCGACUGAGAGAUUGCCUGAGAGAGCAAUUGUAAAUUUAAUAGAGGCGCGAGAGGGCUCCUCUCAUGUUCACCGGUGGUGAAAUUCGAAAGAGGGAUACAACGGGUGCUUCGACGUAGUGCGGACGUCGAUCUAAAGAGCCGGGAAUAGAAUUUCAUUAUUCCACGAUGAGUCGGAGAUACUUCUUGUGCUUUCUGUGGACCGCGUUGACACUGCGGGGUGACGUCCUCGCGGCAGCUGAGGCCGAUCCUGCAAUUCUAAACGGUGCCGAGCUGCCCCAUCUUCAACAGGGCCGCAUCAUAAACGAUCCGCGACCUCGUCUCUCGGCUUCCCAGCAAGCCCAGAUACUGAGCGAUGUGCAGCAACACCAUCAACGGUACCGGCAACGUCCCACUCAGGACUUCAAGAAUCCGCGAGUAACGUCUUUUCCCUCGUUCGAGCAAGCCCAGUCCAGCACGCCGUAUUCCUCCCUGGCCAAGUACAAGGUUGAUCGAGCUAAGCAACAGUUGCAACAGUUGCAGCAGCAGCAGCAACAGGUGCAGCAGCUUCUGCAGCAGCAACAACAGAAGAUCACCCAGCAACUCGGCACUUCGAACUUCGUGAACGGUGGCGAAGCAAGUAGUGGCGUACAAACACCGCAAUUCCAACGGCAGCAAUACCCGCAACAAUACAAUCAGUACAACCAGAACUUCCAGAAUCUUCAGCAAGACUUGUCGCAGCCGCUGUUCAGCGAUCAGCAGACGGUACAGUUGCAGGAGUAUCUCGAGAAGCAGCGCGAGCUGGAGCUGCUCCAGAAGCAACGGCAGCAGCUGCUGUACGAGCAGCAGGAGCUGCGCAGGCAGCAGGAACUGCUACGGCAACAGCAACUCCAGAGGCUCACCUCCACUACGCCACUUCCACCGACCGCGACGUCAACCCCGAUCGCCGUCAGCACCACUUCCGCGCCGUUGCUGCUGUCCUCGCCGACGGCGCGACGCAUCACGCCAUCGGAGGCGGAUCUCUUUCUCAAGGCAAUCGCUAAUCAUCAGAAGAAAUACACAACCACAGCAGCGAGCACGACUGCAACGGCCACCACCACUACACAAGCACCUCCGCCAUCCAGACGGCUGAUUAGCUCGAGUACUAAUCAGGAGACGGAUAUUCCGGAGAACCUGCUCAGCCUGAUCCAAGAGCAAGAGAGUCAGUUGUUGCAGCAAGGCAAACCGAAACCGCAGAUCAAGGUAAUCUAUCAGACCGAAAAACCCAGCACGACGAGACAGAAUUCCGGCGGCAGAAGCAGAAGCACCGAGCGGGAACUGUUGCUGAAGCAGCUUAAACUCGCUCUAGCCCAGUCCGGCGACGACGAUGACAUUGCCAGGAAUGUCACUACCAGGGAUCUGAUAUUGCCGAACGGCAAGAAGAUUCAGGUCAUCCACGCGCCGAACGGCUUACCCUCCAUUUCGCCGAGUGGUUCGACCAUUCUGACAUCGGCUGUCUCGUCCUCGACGACCGUCAAACCACCGAAGGUGCUCUUCGAGGAAUUGACGAAGGGCGGCGUGCUGCCGCCGGGCGCCGAUUUCGAGAUCAUCCGGCAGAAGAGCGACGGCAGGCUCGAGGAGAUCGGCAAGACGCCGAUCAUCCAGAAUCUACCGGCGAAGAAGGUCACGUUCGUCCUGCUGGAGGAGCAGCCGGACGGCAGUUACAAGGUGCAGGGUGUCAAGGGUAACGCCAACGACAAGGAGAGCGGCACCGACAUCGAGUCCAUCGUCGAGAAGAUCAAGAAGGGCGAACUGAAGUUACCGCCCAGCUCCCUCGGGCCGACCACGCAGUCCUCCACGCUAGAACAUCUCGAGUCCAGCCUCGAUCCGAAUCUGAUAGUGUCCACUGGCACGUCCAGGCCGCCGGUGUCAUCUUUUAACUCCGUCAGCACGACGGCGGCGACCUUCAGACCCACCACCGUCAGAUCUACUUCAACCAGAUACAGCGAAAGCAAGUCAGCGACGCCGGAAUACACCGGAAUCCCCUACGUCACGGUGUCACCGAACUCGGUGUCCACGACCGACAAAUACGUGACCUCGGCGUCCAGCGUCACGGGCCACGUGUAUAACUCCCUGAACACCAGUCCAACGAAAACGUCCCUGUCGGAUCACAUCCCGCGAGUGACCACCAAGUACUCGUCGUCCACCAGGAGCCAAUUCAUCCCAACGAUGGCGCCGGUGAACGAGAUCGUAACGACGGCGGCGACUCCGACGUCUUACUCGCAUCACACGUCAAAUUCAUACUAUUUCUCCAAGCAUCCGUCCACGGAGACCUCGUCGACCUCGGCAGAAGAAGCUGUUAGGGCUCAAACGUCGCAGGAGAAUCUCGCCAUGUUGUUGAGAAGGGAGGGCCUCUUCGCUAUGGCGAAGUACCUGAGGCAAUCGGGAUUGGACAACGUGCUAAACGAAACCGGUCCAUACACCAUAUUCGUCCCUACGGACAAAGCCUUCAGGACGUUGCUGGUGCAGCUGGGAGGCCCAGAGAAAGCCGAGCAGAAGUUCCGCGACAAUCCGAGGCUUCUAAGUGGGCUUCUUCUCCAUCACGUCAUACCGGGGGCCUUCAGGAUCGAUACCCUGCAGGACGAGAUGACCGGCGUCAGCCUCGCGGGAACGCAAUUACGGGUGAACGAGUACGCGAUGCAGGAUCACGAAUGGAACGAUGUAAAAAUAACGGCGAUAAACGGGGCGCGUGUCGCGCCCAACAAACGGGACAUCGAGAUUCCCCAAGGUAUCGCCCACGCCGUCGACAGGGUCAUGUUCCCGCUGCCGGUCGGUGAUUUGGUGCAAACCCUGCAAGCCGAUCGCGAGAGGAGAUUCACCACGUUCCUCAAAAUGCUGCACGUGUCGGGCUUGGAGGACACGCUCACAGGACCGAAGACGUUCACCAUCUUCGCACCGACCGAUUCCGCUUUCACCGAUGCGUCCACAAAGAACGGCGCCCCAAUUUGGACCGAUGAGGACGGGCCGGAAGCGGCGAAGGCGAUAAUCUCGCGGCACGUGAUUCCCACGACUCUUUACACGGCCGGAAUGAGAUAUUACAUUCAAAAGGACACCCUUCGUCCACAGUCGCCGGUUCAUAUCCACAAAAACGGCGGACGAGUACGAGUGAACGAGGCACACGUUGUAACGCAUAAUGUGCCAGCGACGAACGGCGUGUUGCACGCUAUCGACGGUGUUCUGUAAAAACGACAGUUCGUAAAUGAAAUGCAAAUUGACGAUUAAGAUGCACAAGUUGCAAUCAUGCAGGUGAUAAUCGUAAAUAAUUCGUAUCAUUAAACGCAAUUGUAUCUUAUAAUUUCUCGAAAAGUCGAAAGAGCCUGACGUAUCAAGUGAAUGUAAACUUGUUUGCGGCAAUACGUAUAUAUGUGGCAAUUAAAUCGAAUCGUAUAUCAAAGUGAUUAGUGUAAACGGAUCGCCGCAUCCGGUGAGCCGAUUCAGGUUCGGUCAUCGACAAAUUGACAUUGUUAUGCCAUAGGUAUCGCGAAAUCGGAGGAAAAAGUAACGAGACCACUUUUAAUUUUGCGCGUACAUGUGUAUACAUAUAUUAAUUUAUAUAAGAUAAGCAAAAAAAAAACAAAAACCAGAGAUUCGUGCACUCGUGCCAUUCGCGCACAGGAGUUACGGAAUUAUUAAUUUGCUACUGUAUAGAAUGGUACAACGCAAUACCAUGCUUAGCUCCCAUAUAGCUCAUAUCUUUUUUAUAAAUAAAAAUGUACAGAAUGUA